UGAAAAUAAAGAAAUCAAGUGAAAUUUUGUUAUUUAAGUGGAAAAAAUGAGUUCCUCUACUAGUAAAAUAGAUUCGAGCCUUACCAGUAUGUGGGUGAACUUCUUCACAGCAGCGGGCAUCCCGUCUGAUGUGUCAGCUACAUAUGCCCUGACGUUCACGGAGAAUCGCAUACAAAACGACAUGUUGCUGGACUUAAAUAAGGAGUAUUUGAGAGAUAUGGGAAUUAGUAGAAUGGGAGAUGUCAUUGCUAUACUACGACAUGCUAAGCAAGUUCAUGAGAUAACUGCGCGCGACCGCGUGCUUAGCACCACGACCACAGCUACCCUCACUGCUAGCGCGGUCGCAAAAGUGCCUGUCGCGGCAGUCACCGGCCGCACCACUGUUGCGCAACCCUCUUCCCCGGCGAGCCGUAUUUUGGAGCACUACACGCGUAAUCCAGCGAAGGAGCCGUCGCCAGUCGCCCAACCACAACUCAAGAGGAGGUCCAACGAGUCUCAAGAAGAUUUGAAUAUCAAAAAAUCACGACUCAUUCGCUUUGGAACUCCCCCGCCGACCGCGAAAGAAGGUAUUGCACUUGUUUAA